AUGUAUAAGAUUAAACACAGAGCUGAUGGCUCUAUUGAGAGGUACAAAGCCAGGUUGAUUGAUGUCAACAAUACUUUUCCCCAUGGUGAUCUCCAUGAGGAGGUUUAUAUGAAGGUUCCUCCUGGCCUUGAGGUGUGUCAUUCUCCUGGCUACAUUGGUAGUUUGAAUGAGUACUGCAUAUUCACUAAGUAUUCUUCGGGCUCUCAAGUUGUCUUGGCUGUCUAUGUUGAUGAUAUCCUACUAGCUGGUUUGGAAAUCUCCUCACAUCCUCAAGGUUACAUCAUGAGCCAACACAAGUUCACCAGUGAUCUUCUCUCUGAAUUUAAUUGCCAUCACUUCUCCCCUGUGAUGACUCCCUUGGAUCCUUCUGUUAAGCUUGCUUUGAAUAUGGAUGCUCCUGACCCCAGCUUGUACAGAAGAUUAAUUGGGAAGCUCAACUUCCUUCAACACACUAGGCCUGAUAUUUCGUUCACAGUACAACAUCUGAGUCAAUUCCUCCAAAAGCCACAAGUGCCUGAUAUGCUAGCUGCUAUACAUGCACUCAGAUAUUUGUUGAAUGACCCUGCCCAAGGUAUCCUCCUCUCCAGCUCUUUUGAUUUCUCUUUGCAAGCCUACUCUGACUCUGAUUGGGCAACCUGCUCUAUCUCUCGCAAGUCAGUGAUUGGCUAUUACAUCACUCUUGGUGGCAGUCCUGUUUCUUGGAAGAGCAAGAAACAACCCACUAUAUCUCUCUCUUCAGUAGAAGCUGAGUACAAGGCUCUUCGCAAAGUUACAGCUGAAGUCACUUGGCUAACUAGACUUUUGGGUGACCGUGGUUUGACUGUGUCAAGCCCUGUUCCCAUAUGUUGUGACAGCCAGGCAGCUAUACACAUUGCUAAAAAUCCGAUUUUCCAUGAGCGCACGAAGCACAUUGAAAUUGAUUGUCAUUAUGUGCGCACUUGCCUAUCUUCUGGUUUGAUUUCCUUGCAGUAUGUCUCCGCUGCAUAA